AUGGCGCAGGCUGUGGCUUAUUCGGCUUCGGAGGAGAAAAUCUUGGAUUCGGAGCAGGAGCCGGAGAUGGAUGGAGUGGACCCAUGGAAGGCCGCAAUGCAGGGCGACUUGGAUGCGUUGCUGCAGUACAUUGACGACAACGGGGACGUGAAUCAGCGGGACCGCGACAACAAUACUCCUCUGCACUGGGCGUGCCAGGAAAGCCACUUCGACAUCGUCGGGGUGCUCAUGUCGAGAAACUCGGCGGUGGAUCCUGUGAACGACUUGCAGUCCACGCCUCUCCAUUACGCCUGCAGAGAGGGCAACCUGGACAUCGUGACCGGACUCAUCAACUUCAACGCCAACCUAGAGGCCCGCAACAAGGACAACCUGUCCCCGCUACACGUGGCCGCCGGCAUGGGCCACAUCGACGUAACGAAGCGUCUGCUCGACAACGGCGCUGACAUGGAGGCCGAAGAUAACGCUCUCUACACCCCACUCUGGAGAGCCGCUUACUACGGACACCCGGAGGUGGUGGAGGUGCUGCUGGACAAGGGCGCCAACAGACUAGCGCGCAACAAGAAGGGCCGCAAGCCCGGGGAUGUCUUCAGCCCCACGGUGGAAGACGAUAAGAAGGAGCGCAUCAAGAUCAUGCUGGGGAUGGGUACAGCAGAUGCCUCCGCCCAGCCCGCCGCCGCUUCCACGCCGGCUGCAGCCUCAGCUGCUUCGACGGCCGCGACAUCCGCGGUGGAGAAUGGCGUGGAGGCGGCCCGCGGAACAGGGGGCACCGCGGGUGGCAAGGGCGGUUCGGUGGGUGGGUCGAGCUACAAGGGGAACGGGGACGUGCCAGGGUCCACAGGGUCCACAGCAGGGGUGCCCCCGCCGGCGUACAAGCCACCGAUGUCAGCACGCCCGGACCCAGCACCAUCCGCGGCCAGCCUGGCGGACUCUUCCUACCAAUACCCGGACCCCUCUCCGGCCAACUCACCCUCCUCGGCGAUGCUCAACUCGACAGCUACGGUCAUGUCGGAGGCGGUACUCAGCACGGCGGUGGGGGAGGGCGGCAGGGGCGGCGGAACCUCGGGGGCGACGUCGAUGGGAAAUGGGGGGGGGCUGACUGGUGCGGGCGGUGGGUCGGGCGGCGAGCCCAAGCAGGUGUCGGUGGGCGUUGGGGGUUCGGGCGAGGGGUCGGCGACCAGUCGAUCGGCGGCCGGGGUGCAGACGACUCCGAGGGUGGACGCGAAGGGCUCAGCGGAGAUGAACCGCAUAAAGGCGGAGCUGUCUGCGAAGAACCAACAGUUGCAACAGAUGCAACUCAAGGUCGAAGAAUACAAGGAUAACCUACAUCAGGCGCAAACAACCAGCACUCGAGAGCUGGACGAUGCCGAUGUGCAAGUGGAACAGCUCAACCAAAGGAUCGCGGCAUCAGAGGCUGAGCUCGAACGGAAGAAGCAGGAAGUCGGCGAGGCCCGAAAGGAAGUCGAGGUUGAAGCGUUUGUAGGAUGCACGUGGGGUCAAGUGGAGCUUGCUUAG